GUCCACUUCUUUUAUUUUGCACGUCCAGACGCCUGAGCCUACCUCGAUUGCGCUAUGUAACCAAUGAAAACAAAAGUGCCUGCUAAUUUGUGUUAAGUUUUAAGUGUAAUUUUUGUGCCAACUUGUUAGAUAUAGUGAAAAUGAAGUUUUGUUUUGUUUUUGUGUUGGUGGCAUGGGUCAAGUUUUUGGGUACAGAGGCUUUUAUAAUCCCUGACGAAUUGCCAUCUCUAUUGUCAGUGGUUUACUCCAACAUACCAACCAUUAAAAAAGGUACCGACUCCAGACUAGGAUGGGGCUUUAGGCUGGGCGACAGGGCCGACUUUCAAUUUUUAGUGGAACUGGGCCCGCAAACCAACACCCAACCUCUGGCCAAUCAGGGGGACAGUUCUACCAACAAAAGAAACACGCUGGAAAAUCUCGCAGACACGCUUUAUGCGCAACGGCAGAAAGACAAACAGGAAGUGGAAAUUAAAAAACCGAAAAUCAAGCCUGCUGAUGAAGCAAACUCGGGCUCUGAUUGGCUGAAAACGUGGAGCAAUGAGAUGAGCGGCAACAUAAAAGCUGUGAAAACCGAAAAUCAACAAAUCAAAAGUUUGAUUGAGACUUUAUCGAAUGCCAGGCCUGGAUUGGCCGAGGGUGAAAUCGACGCGAAAAGCGUGAUACCCGAGGACGAAAAUGGCGGCCCAAUGAAGCACCUCUACCCGAAAUACGAAUCAAGCACUCAGAAAAUUAAGACGGAAACGGAGGGUGCUUUGGAUGACGUUAGUUUGGAUUAAUUUUAAUUUUUAUAUUGUUUAUUGUAGAUGUUUUAUUCAAUAAAUCUGGUCAUAGUUUUUAGGAA